AUUACUAAAAUAACUCUAAUAAUGAAAGAAAACGAAAUUAUAAAAUCAGUAAAGAAGAGAGGCAGACCACCAAAAAGAAAGAGUCUCAAAAAUUACCAAAAAAAUUGCGAAAAACCCUCAAAAUCCUCAUCUCUAGUCACAAAACUACCAAAAUCCAGCUGUAAGGCCAAAUUCAAUUCAAAAUCAGUCUGAAAGCAGUUGACUUCUGAAUCAAAGACAUUUCCUUCAUUGAAACCUACCAUUUCUAAAUGCCUUAAAUCCAGAACUUUGUCAGAAGAAGAACUUGACCCAAAUAUCAAGACAAAGAAAAGAAAAUAGAGGAAGACCAAGGAAGAAGAGAGAGUUGAAAGAACAGGAGAAGGCUAUUGUCAACCCUAAUAGAACUAGAAAUGAUGAAGAAGUAAAGCAAGAUAUCCUUCAAAAUCCUGUUGCAAAUAAUUCUAUCAAUUCUCAAAUCUUAGUAGAAGCUUUUAACCCGUUUCUAGUAUCCCUUGGCAAGAUCGGAGACUCACUAGAGAAAGCUACUCUAUUAUCUCUUCAAAUCUGCAGCAUUCUUAAGGAAACAAUACCCAAAGUACAGAAUUGCAGCUGUCAAAAACCAGUGGAGCCUCAGCAGCUCAAAGCCCAGCCUACUGAAGAGUCAUGUCCUAUCGAGUUUAGCGAAAAGGAGCAAGCGGAGUCUCAAGAGGAAUCACAAAUGAAUCUGCAAGUGGCAGAUCCUACUCCAAUGCUCGAGUGCGAUGGAAUCAAGGAGCUGUCCAGUGUGGUCAAGUCUAAUUUUGGCAAGAUAAGAAGAUUAGCCAAAAAGACAACAUAAGCCCAAAAUCCCUCUUCACCCAUAAUUCUGCAUUCUAAAUAAAAAUCUUCAACCUCAACUCUU